CUUCGGAGGAGCUGUUCCUGUGUCUCGGUGCUGAACAGGCAGAAGGAGUGGGAAUUUGGGAGAAAAAAAGCACCAGAAAACCUGGCACCCAAACAAAAAGAGAAAAAUGUGACCCUUUCUUAGCCCAGGGCUGGCGUCAGCGGUUGAGCCUUCACAACUUGGACUAGACAGAGAGAAGAUUUCUUUUGUAAAGAAACUGCACACAUUCACCGUUUGAUGGUCACCGCCUGUGGAAUUUAAUGCGGGCUUGGCAAUCUCAUGCGUGGGAUCGCACCGUGUAAAUGCCUUAAAUGCCCAUAGUAGGGGCGCCCGGGACUGCCAAUGUGAUGCAUCUAAACAAGAGGAAUAUCAGUGCUUUACGAUGGGUAAUAAGCAGACGAUAUUUACUGAUGAACAACUAGACGCCUAUCAGGACUGUACUUUUUUUACCCGCAAAGAGAUCCUUCGGUUGCAUGGUAGAUACCACGAGAUGGCCCCACACAUAGUGCCAAUGGACUAUACGAACGAGCCAGAUGUCAAAAUUCCAAUUCAACUCAUAACAAACAUGCCUGAGCUAAAGAUGCUGUCAGAGUUCUCCCCGCAAGUUCUAUUCUUGUUUCUGCUUCAUAGUGAUGCCGACUUGUUGCAAAUUCCAAAGAGAAUUGUGGAAAUAUUUGAAAAGGGAAAAGAGAAUCCAUUCAAGGAGCAAAUAGUGAAGACCUUCUCGGAGGAUGGUGCUGGGAAUCUGAGCUUUAAUGACUUUGUGGACAUGUUCUCGGUGCUUAGUGAAAUGGCUCCCAGAGAGCUGAAAGCCAUUUACGCCUUCAAAAUCUAUGAUUUCAACACAGAUAAUUUAAUCUGCAAGUCAGACCUGGAGAAGACUCUUAAUAAGUUGACUCGAGAGGAGCUCGCCCCUGAAGAGGUGACCCUUGUCUGUGAGAAAGUGAUUGAAGAAGCUGAUUUGGAUGGUGAUGGGAAACUUAACUACCCGGAUUUUGAGAAUAUGAUUGGCAGAGCACCUGAUUUCCUCAGCACUUUCCACAUUCGGAUCUGAAGACAGGCAAUGAGACAGCUACGUGGGAAAUUGAGGCUAGUUUGCUCCGAUCCCAUGAUCUGUU